CCUCAGUGUCAUCGUGACCUCGUUUACUUGCGUCGGUAAUUCUCGGCCAGUCACUUUCUUCAGGUACUCUUUGACGUCUCGCUCCAAAGCCCAGAUGUCGCCUUCCACCUUCCGGACCAACGUCAUGUGACGGUUCCCGUGGGUCACGUCAGUGUACACUGGGAUGUUGUGCAUGCGGGAGCGGCGGAUCAUGUAAGGGAGAGCCGGCGGGGACUCUGCCGGGGGGGUCCAACCGGACGGGGUCGGCCCGAGGUGCUUGGGCGGAGAGGGCACCCGCGAUGGCGGGAUGAGACGCUCGACGAAGUGAUAUUCCUCCGUCGACUCUUGGAACGGCGCGUCUGUGGCAUAGGAGCACCCGAGCCUUGCGGAUGUAAUAGGAGAUCCCGGCGUCCUCCUGUGUAGACCGAAGGCUCCUCGCAACGACACCGUGCGAAUUGCGAGUCUCAAGUUGUUCUGAGCCCGACCGCCUCUUCUCACAGUAAAGGACAGCAAGAAGGAUUGGGAAAUUGACAGAAAACAAUAUAUGGACCGAGAAUAUGCGGACAACGGCGAGGCCAUCGCACUCAAUAAACACAAUGACAUUGAGGCGACGGUAUCCCCUUCAGGCAAAGAGCAUCGGCCCAUUAAUAUGAAUCACUACGCCACUAAGAAGAGUGCUGCUCAGAGCAUGCUAGAUGUGGCCUUAUUGAUGGCCAACUCGUCCCAAUUAAAGACAGUUCUCUACGUUGGGCCUCAGUACAGAUUCUACAUCCCUCUUGUUGUCUUAUUGUCUUUGUCCAUCACGCUGCAAGUCAUCGUUGGCCUAUUGCUUGUCUUUAUAGUGAAGUACGACUUGAAUGAUGUGCGCAAACACGCCAAGUUGAACAGAAUGAACAAUGUGGCAACUGUCUUGGUCUUCUUCACGGUGCUCAUCAACAUUUUCAUAACAGCUCUGGGCUUCGAAGGACACGCUCUCAGACAAUCGCAACAUGGCAUGAUGUUAGAAGCACCACCACAGAUGUCGCCUCAGCAUUCUGAGCUCAACAUGACGACUGCCUUGCAUUGACAACAAUAAACGUCCAAUUUGCCACUAGGCACUAGACGUCAAAUCCAUUCUGAAUGGUUUGCUAGCCUCUCCCAGUCAAACUGAUUGGACGUCUAAUGCCGUCAAUCGCAGCCAAUAGGUUAAUACAGUGAUCCCUCGCUACUUCGCACUUCAAACUUCGCGCCCUCAGUCCAUCGCGGAUUUUUUUCCAAUUAAAAAAUAAAUAAAUACAGAUGAGCUGUCCCGAGCCGAUCGCGUAGUCUCCCUCUCCCUCCCUCCCUCUCCCUGCUCUUUGUUGGACAGGCAGUGCACUGGAGUAGCUUAUUAAAGUUAACGAUGAUUGACAGACGGUUAAGGUUUGAUCUUAACAGAGACUCGAACUUCAAAGUGACGCAUGCGUCAAUCAUCAUUUAACUCGGCUCUAGAGUCACAUGCGGCUCUUUAGCGCUGCCCUAGUUGCUCCCUGGAGCUUUUUCAAAAAUGUUUGAAAAUGGAAAAAGAUGGAGGAGGCAAAUAUAUUUUUAAUUUUAAUAUGGUUUCUGUAGGAGGACAAACAUUAACUCAUUCACUCCCAGCCAUUCUCACCGGAGCAUGGCCCUUCGCUCCCGGCCGUUUUACUGGAUUUUGACUGAGUUUGCAAGGCCCACAGAAAAUUUUGUUUUAUUGCUAUAUAAACAUGGAACCCACCAAAAGAAAGAUUAGACUCUCUUCUUUUAGCAGAAAAAAAGUAAGUUCAUAUCUUUUUCCAUUCUUUAGAAAUCAGCAUUAGAAAAUUGCUUAGUUUGAGCAACUUUCCAAUUUCUGAUGAAAAAAAACGGAGAAAAUGUGCUUUUUGUAAACGCAUACAUUUCAAACAUAACUUUGACUUUAACACAGCUAUUUUUUGCUUUAGUUACAUCCCAAACAUCUGAAUAAUGUUUUACUUUUACAAAAUAACAUAAACAACCGGACAAAUAGAGCUUUUGAUAGCAAAGUAACAAUUUAUUUACACAUAACUAACUGAUAGAUGACGCUUGGUGGCUGCGACAGCGAGUUAAACUUUUCCCUCAUCGCCGCCUGACUCGUAAACAUGGAUUUUUUUUUUAGUCUUUCUUUUGUGGUGACCACUGCCUAGUUCGCCUGGGGAACUUGUGUUCCUGGGGGGGAACUGGUUUGGCCGUGCGGGUUUCCGUGCGGGACACUGGAGGGCGCGGGCUCUCCUCGGCGAGCAGCACUGACUCAACUACGCUGUACUGGUUGAAUCGGGUUGGGGGUCUUACCAAAUGUGCUACUGCCCUCCAGUGGCCAGUUUUAUUGCUUUAAAAUGGGUUUUGAGCUUUGUGCAUUCUAUCUUAGAUACAUGGGAACCUAUAGAUGCCGACUGUCAAAAAAAAAACAACAACAACAAUGCAAAAGAUGUAUAAAUACGUUUUUGGGACACUAAAGCAAUUAAAAAUAGAACGUAUUUAUACGUUUUUUUGGAGAAAAUGAGUUAAUAUUGUAAUGAAGUUAAACUUGAGGCGGCAUCGUGCACCAGCAUGGUCACAUGGUGCGUCAAUCUCUAUAGGAUGCACUGCAGAUAAAAUAAACAUUUCAUAUUAUAUUAUCAUAUAUACAUUAUAUAUCAUAUUUUCCACACUAUAUGGUGCACCUUCAAUGAAUGGCCUAUUUUAAAACCGUUUUGAGCAAAAGGGAAUCUCAUAUUAUUAACCAAUACUGAUCCAUACAUAAAGAAAUCAGAUUAUAAGGCGCACUGUCGGCUUUUGAGAAAAUUAAAGGCUUUCAGGUGCGCCUUAUAGUGUGGAAAAUACGUUAAUCAUGAAGGCUAAUUAUGUAUUUGUAGCCAACUUUUCGCUUUCGUUUUGAUAGUAGGCUAAUAUAGCUAUUAUAAGUACAAACAGUAUGUGUUGCCUUCAUUAUAAGGCUUAUAAAAGGCUUUCAAUUUUUAGUGGCUCCAUUUUUUGUUGUUUUUUUGCUCCAGUAUGACUCUCAACAUUUUGAGUAGCCGACCCCUGGUUUAACUUGUUAAACAGUUGCUGUGGCAACUCAUUGUGUGUAAGUGAGCAGCUUGAGCGGAUUUGAGUGGACUCACCCAAUGAAGCAUUUAAUAAAGCCAAGCAUUUUUGUACUUUAUUCUUGUUUAAAAAUAAUUCGGUGGGACAGUAACAUGUUUAAAAUGUAUGGUUAUUACAUUUAAAGUACUUAAAAACCAUUUAUUAAAUUAUAUAUUGAAGGAGAUAGAGCAUAAAUAGAGAUAGGAGUUUGCAUUAUUCUAACACACUUAAUAUAAUCAAUCAGGGAAUAGUAUCAUUUCUCAUAUUUACUGUUUGACUGUUUGUAUUACUCUAACACACCCAAUAUAAAAUAAAUAGCACUUAUACCAUAGUUUAAGGGAAAAAAAGCAGAAUAUAGGGCAUAAAAGAUACACAACGCCUUUUUAUCACGGAAGCCCAACAUGUGCGGCAAGAGCAAGAUUGACGCUGACGAGCCCACGUCAGCACCACCACCUCUCGCAAUCAGUUCUCCCAGACAGUCCAGAACAAAUGGCGGGAUGCCCUGUCCUAAUACAAGGAACACCGGAGAACACCCGAUAUCCAAUGGAUAACACGUCUGAUAAGACUCCAAGAACCCCUUUGACGCUGAGGAGGCAAAAUCCACAACUCUCGUUGCCCUGAAUAGAGUAACUCCCGGAUCCUCCUGUCCAAUCCACAAACAGACAAUAAUCCCAAACACACCCUUCUUCCUGCCCACGGUCCGCCCCGCAAGAGCCUUCAAAAGACUGAAUGUUUAACUAAGCGUUGUCAUUUUUCUCGGGAAUCUUUUGUUGACGUGUGAUAGCGUGACCUUGACACCCCGCCUUUGUUUCUGUUUCACCUUGCCGUUUUGAUCGCUGUUGACCUGAAUACAUUGUCAACUUGUUUUCGGUGAGCCUUCUUUAAACCUUUCAAAAUGGGGUCAGUACAAAGGGUUAAGACUAAGGUGAAAGCGCAGAGUUUUGCCUUCUGGCCGGAUUGUCGGGAUCUCGCCGGCCCGGGUCGUUGGAGCUGCGCCAGCGCAGGUCCGCAGUUUGGCUGGCGCGAUUCCGGCAGUCUGGCUAGAAGGUCAGGUUCCUUCAAUCUACAGUGCCUUGCAAAAGUAUUCGGCCCCCUUGAACCUUGCAACCUUUCGCCACA